GCAGUCGGGCUGCGGACGGCGGUGGGGGCGGGUCGGGCUCUCCGUGGCCGCGGCCGGUGCCACGUCGGUAGUGCUGGGACACUGGCGCUCUGCGGGACUGGGAGUUGGGACAGGCGGUGGCGGCAGCGCCGCAGACGAUGCCUUUAAGACCAGGUGAAGCCGACGGAGGUCCUACGCGGACCAUACUUCGGCCACGAGCGGCCUCACGAGGACUGAAAUACGACGGAGGGCGGCCUCUCGCACAAACCGAGCAGAGGUCAAGGAGGACGACCAUACACCGACUGAACUGCACCAGAGGACGUUCCUACAAGGACGAGCGGCGGGGGUCGGAAGAGAGCAACACUGUCCGAGCUGCCACUGUACGGCCCACGGCACUCACUGUGACAGGGUGCCGUUCGCCGGGCGGGCGGAGCGGCGCGGCCAUGGCCCGCGGCCGGCGCCGACGUCCGCUGGCGCUGCUCCUGUUACCGCUGCUGCUGUCGACUGUCCACUGCCGGACUGACGGAACCGAGUCCGUCAGCAGCCGCACUCUGCUGGACUCCUGGUUCAAAGUCCAGACGACCAGCGAACAGCGAUUAUAUGGAGUCCUCAGGUCAAGGGCCAAGACGCGACAUCGCCAUUCAUACGUCGGUGGUCGGCCGCUGCCGACGUGCGCUCCGCAGCAGGUGUGCAGCACGGCCUAUCCCCGGCUGCAGGUGUCCACGGCGCAGUGUGUGUGUCCGCGCGGCUCGGCGGGCCCGUGCAGCCGCAGCCUGCUCAGCACGGACGGCCACAGCGUGCCGCUGGUUACCGACCGUCAGAAAGGGGCGCUCACCACUGUGAAGACAUGUGAGCCGAGCGGCGUCCUGCCCGCCUGUCUGGGCGACGACUGGGCGCUGCUGGCCGUGCAGAACGCGCGCACGGGCCGCUCCAACUUCCUGGUGGUGUGCCGCUGCCCGGCCGACGGCCUCCUCGAGGGCCCGCUGCAGCACCGGCAGCCCUACCACGCCCAGGUGCCCAUUAUCCGGGUGUACGGAAUGAUGUGCCGACGCCGGUCGCGGCGAGCUCGCCGACGCAGCGCCCGCAGCGCAGGACUGAGCCGACUGACGGCAAUAAGGAACCUUCUGAGCCUGGCUGACGGUGACUGAAAGAAGAAACUACCACCAGACGUGUUAUCCUAGCUGGUCCUGACUGAAGGCCGCUGAGCUUAGUCCAGCUGAGGCAGCAGCUGAGACGAGCACUCUCAGACGCCGCCCAGCAUCUAUAAGGGGCACGCCACUGCAGCAAGGUUGAGGACGGAACAAGCCACAGAUCACGAUGUCCGGUUGAGUGCCCAGUUGAGACCGAAUCUGAGUGCCCAUUACCUACCUCUGCUAGUGUAUUUGAAGGCAUCUACAAACAACCCAACUAUGACCAGGGAAAAGUGGCAGUCUGAUCGCUGCGGAUACAGCGAAAUCGAACUGACUGUGGCCGUUUCUGGAGGACAAGUGAAUGCAGAGUGGUGAUUAUACGAUUGUCAUAGAAACUAUAAUGAGGUGAGAUGACGCCCCCAUGAUGUAUUCAUAGUUCAGCUACUAUACAACGAAUUAAAAACUAGCGACAGGGCUUCCCGACGUGGUCUUUCAGAUUAUACCGUGCCGCCACGGGUUAAAGCCGUGCACAUUGCAACUGGUGACGGAAUUUCCAUGUAGCUGGAGUAAGAACUAGGCGAUGCGGAACACUGUUGAUACGUGGUUGGGUGUCUAGUGUAUGGUUGUGCGUGUUAGUACGCUCAUAGAGUACCUAUAAACUAUUGUGUUACUUGUGCAUGAAUCUCUGCCGCCUGAGCUGGGCUUAUCAGGUUGGUGUCGAGGUUAUUAAUUGUUCAUCAACAGCCUCUGCAACGUGCGAUGCUUGAGUUGGUGCUGAUUAACCAGAGCUCACUGCAGACAUUACAGUUUGAAGGAGGAAGGAGUUGAUGGAUGUUUUUAGACACGAGAAAUCGAAUACAAAGUUAAAACCAAA